GUUGUCGGCAUUGUCGUUUCAAUUUUGUUGGUUAGGAGUGAUUAGGAGUUUUGUUGGUUAGGAGCAUUCGCGAGUUUUAGUGCAAUUUAUUCGCAAGGGUUAUUACAUUGUUAACGAGUAUCAAAGAAAUCUAAUCAUAUCGGAAUCCACUGUGUGCGUCGCUACUAGACCACUCUGUUCUUUGCUAUUGACUGAGGCGGACAAGAAGAGCCCUCUAUUUCGCGCUAUUCGUCACGCUUCCAACACACAAACACACAAGUAAAGAGAAGGAAAGGAAAAGAGGGAAGAGCGAGACAGGAAAUUAUGUCCAAGCCUAUAGUGUUCGUGACGGGUAACGCGAAGAAGCUGGAGGAAUUCAUCGCCAUAUUGGGCAAGAACUUUCCUCAUCAGAUCACGAGCAGGAAGAUUGACCUACCGGAAUAUCAGGGCGAAAUAGAGAACAUAUGUCGGGACAAAUGUCGAGCCGCAGUGAAAAUCGUGAAGGGUCCGGUGAUUAUUGAGGACACAUGUCUCUGCUUCAACGCGCUCAAGGGUCUUCCGGGGCCGUACAUCAAAUGGUUCCUCGAGAAAUUGGGCCCCGAAGGUCUUCACAAAAUGUUGGACGGAUGGCAAGAUAAAUCGGCGGAGGCGGUAUGCACGUUCGCCUAUUGCUCCGGCGAGGCUGACGCUACGGUUCUCCUAUUCCAAGGUCGGACCCAGGGCAACAUCGUGAGUCCACGAGGUCCCAGGGACUUCGGCUGGGACCCGUGCUUCCAGCCGUUGGACAUGGACAAGACCUACGCGGAGUUGCCGAAGGAGGAGAAGAACAAGAUCUCUCAUCGCAGCCAAGCGCUGGAGAAGCUGAAGAAUUACUUUUUAAACGAGAUUUAACUUAUCGUAUGUCGAUACAAUAAAAGUUAUCGACUUUCCCUUCACUAUUUUCUUCGAUGUUUUUUCCUUGUUGUCUUCCUCGAAUUUCUCCUUCGCUGAGAACGUAUCACUCUGAAGGAAAAGAAGAAAACAAGGAAAAGCGCUACUUGAUUUCCUUAUACAAUUGUGGCUGAUCUUAAGAUAUUUUUUGAAAAGGUUCUUUAAAGAUAAAAAUCGAUUAGGCAACAAAAACUACGACGUAACAAAUGAAUGAGGAAUAUUAGUUUUUAUACGAAACGUUUCGAUUAUUUAGCAGUGCAAAAUAUUCAGUUUCUUUUCUUCGUGAAACUCUAUCCGGAAUGUAUUAUGCAGACAGUUAUUGGAACCGCAAACAGUCGCUCCCGUUUGACCGAGCACUUCGCUCACCUCACCCGUACGUGCCUCCAUGAAAAGUUACUUAAAACUUUGCAUUGCCAUUUCGCUGGACCAUAAUUAUCCACUCGCGUUCACAUUGAAAUUUUUAGGCAAAAUACCGGGACAUUUAAUAAUAACCAAACCUGAAAUAACUCUAAUCAGGAUUAUUGACUUUGCGCAUGUGUGUGUACGCGCGCGUAAAUGUAUUAUCAAUUUUUAAUCGAGCACGACGAGCGUGUGUCGUUGUUUUGUCUUCAUGUUAUAACUUGUUCUCUGACCUAUAAUGUUAACGCUCGAUACCCGUUCAAUUUAUCAAAGGUGAUUCUCGCGGUCGAAAAUAACGCACGUAUUUCAGUUUGCAACACUCGCCUCAGCGAUGUAUCAUUACAGUCGGGUAGCCUCGGUUGCGCGCGAAACUAACAUCCGGUACUAUUAGCCAGAACUGCGAUCUUGAUGUCAACGCGACACGUCGCGCGCUUCGUGAUCUGAUAACGUUAAUUCCGAUCGGUCACGCGAGAAGACCCGCCACGAUUCUGCGUCCCGCGCGGAAUCUUACGUGUGUGAUGCAACAAAUCGGCAAGUGUGACCAUCUACAUUGUAAUCGCCCGGUGGACGAUAUUGUUAAUCGCGCGAAUACCGAUACCUCUCCGUGCGCGAGCACUGGGUAAUUAAAACAGUAAAUCAUGCAUCACAAUAAUAGCAUCCGCGCCGGAAUCAUCGCGCCGCUUUCGAUUGCUUUUAUUCACUAAUGGCGCGAUUAUACGCGCGCGUUGUGUAAACGGUAGCACGGCGGGUAAGAAUGAGCUUGAGGGAGAAAGGUGGAUCGAGGAGGAUUAAUGUAACGAGGCGUGACGCCGCGUCGCCUGCUAACUUUGAUCAAAGGAUCCUCGAAAUUUGAUUUAAUCUUUUCUUCAUCAAAGAACUCGCCAAAUUUUAUCUCAUUUUAUUCAUUUGUAAAGCACACGGAGAAGAAAAUUGUUCGCUGCCGUAGCAAAUUUUACGCUGUCGCUACGAAACUUAUCGGUUAUUAGCAAUCGUGAUAAGUAAAACGAUUUGUUAGUAAUAACUUGCUAAUCGCCGGAUUAUUUUGCUGAAUCUGCAAAUUAUUUUACCGCAAGGACAAAUUGAUAAAUGUUAGGUAAAUACCUAAGGUGUCCUAAGGGCAAAUUCACUCAGCAGAAUUUUAGUUUCGCUACAACGGUAAAGUUACUUUUCUCCGUGCGCACACCCACUCAGCCAAAUUAGCGUUCGGCUCUUAUCGACCGAUCAUUGAGUUGAUGCAAAAAAAUUCGUUCCGUUCUUUUCUUCGUUCGGAAAUCCUGGAAUACUUACGGGCGCAGGAUCACGGAACUACCGGAAAGAUGACAGGUUGUCGGACAAAACGGCGCACAUUUAAUUGAUUGAACGUAUUUUUAAAUAAAUAAAUGUUAUAUAUGUAUACAUUCUGAUUAAAAAGUGCGCAUUCCAAUUAAAGAAACGAACUUUUUCAUCAA